AUGAAGACAUGUUCAGGUACGCAUUCCAGCAAUUUCAUGAAUUAUUUACAGCUUUUCUUGCAGAUAGUGGUGAUGAUUCCACUCGUUUACAGUGAAUUAGAUCAUCAAACCUGUCAGGAACGUGGUUUCAACAGUGAAUCACUGCAAUGCUCAAGUUGUGCGGACCUGCCACAGUUUCAUCUAGAUGAGCUUGUUGAUGACUGUAAUUCAUGCUGUAGGAAAGAUUAUGCAGAAAUGGAACAAGAAAAAUAUCCACGAGCUCAUAUCGAGAUUUGUGAGUGCAACUUAGGACGAUUUCCCCAGGCGGAAGCGUUUGUCAAAUCCAAUAUGGUAAAGAAGUGGGGAACUUGUGUGAAAGUUCAUCACGUUCGAGGAACAUUACCGACAAUUAAGUUAUUAGAUGCUCAAGGAGAAGUGCAAAAGACCAUGAAUAUCGAAAAAUGGGAUACCGAUACAAUUACGGAAUUUCUGAAUACAUGGCUGGAGUGCUAG